AUGUAGCUCCUGAAAAUGUUCAACGUGUUUACAUUUUGAAACGGGCUAUACUCCCUGCAUGUGUCGUGAUGUAACGGAAGUUAAGACACUGCAGGAUAUGUAGGUGAGCUGAACCAUGGCACACAUUUGCUCCUGCUGCAGGAACAGGGCGGAUCUUAGGACCCGUGGCUUCAUGUCUUGUAGAAUAAUAAAAGUUGGGGUUAACCGUGUGCUGCCGACGCUUCACAAAGCAGCCAGCAAAGUGUGUGUGAGGCAGCGGUGCAACAACAGCCGGCUGAUUUGCAGGCUGUGUGUGCAUUAAGCCACUGUGUGUGUGCGUGUGCGCGCGCGCUCUGACGGGCUGGUCCGUCCGUGUUUUCCGGAAGAGAAGGUGUGAAACAUGGGACACAUCUGAGGUCAGCAGCUGCCCGCCACACAUGAAGCUUAGCGGCUCGUCUGUGCCUUGACGCCCUCCUGAUUGUAUGCGUGUUCAUAAUCUGCGGUGGACGGAAUCACGCAGGCUCCGUGCGUCCAAACGGGACGCCUUUGGACCCCUUUAACAGGAACGCUUUAAAGGGGCUCGAACACACCCGAGCUGCAAUUUGGCUCUGGUGGGACCCUGAACGUGGCGGCCACAGGCUGGCCCAGGUCACGUUGAUGCUGCUGGGCGCUGUCCAGUACUCUUCCAUCCACCUGCUCCGGCUCCUCCCACUUCCACACCGGCCAUGGCCAUGAGCGGUGACCAUGUCUGUGAGAGGCUGGGCCCAGACCCAGACUCACAGACCAGCAGUCUCACAGACACACUGGCAGCCAUGACGACCAAGGACUCGGACGGCUCGGCUACAAACGGCGUUAAGAAUGGCGGGGGUCAAAGGGACGGGGUUCCGAGCAGGAGGACUCAUCCACUACGGCCCCACCUGACUGGGAGAAAGUUGUCUCUGCAGGAGAAAGGCACUUACAUGUCAGGCUCUGGAGGAGGGUACCCACACACCUCCCCUCGUGUGGCCCGCAGACCCACUGUGGAGUCUAAACGUGUGUCCAUCUCAGACGCUCAGGACUGUAUCCAGUUGAACCAGUACAAGCUGAAGAGCGAGAUUGGAAAGGGCUCCUAUGGUGUGGUCAAACUCGCCUACAACGAGGACGAUGACAAACAUUACGCCAUGAAGGUGGUGUCCAAGAAGAAGCUGAUGAAGCAGUGUGGUUUUCCACGUCGCCCACCACCGAGAGGACCCAAAGCAGCACAGGGAGAGCAGCCGAAGAUCCUCGGACCCCUGGAGAGGGUUUAUCAAGAGAUCGCGAUCCUUAAGAAACUGGACCAUGUCAACAUUGUUAAGCUGGUGGAGGUGCUGGAUGAUCCUGCAGAGGACAACCUCCACAUGGUUUUUGAGCUUAUGCGUAAAGGCCCGGUGAUGGAAGUGCCCACAGACAGUCCUCUGUCGGAGGAGCAGGCCAGGUUGUACUUCAGAGACGUCAUCCUUGGCAUAGAGUACUUGCACUACCAGAAGAUCGUCCACAGGGACAUCAAACCUUCGAACUUGUUACUGGGGGACGAUGGUCAUGUGAAAAUAGCAGACUUCGGGGUCAGCAACCAGUUUGAGGGCAACGAUGCGCUGCUGUCCGGCACUGCUGGCACUCCUGCCUUUAUGGCACCAGAGACGCUGUCAGACACACGGAAGAGCUUCAGUGGGAAGGCACUGGACGUGUGGGCCAUGGGAGUUACUCUCUACUGCUUCGUCUUUGGGAAGUGCCCGUUUAUUGAUGAGUACAUACUGGCUUUGCACAAUAAGAUAAGGACCAAGCUUGUGGAUUUCCCAGAAACGCCUAAUGCCAGUGAGGAGCUGCGGACUCUUAUCUUACGGAUGCUCGACAAGAACCCGGACAACCGGAUCACCAUCCCUGAGAUCAAGAUGGACCAGUGGGUGACCCAGGGGGGCACAGACCCCCUGCCUCUGGAGGACGAGCACUGCUCUGUGGUGGAGGUGACGGAGGAGGACAUCCAGAACUCAGUCAAGUUUGUCCCCAGCCUCUCUGCAGUGAUCUUGGUCAGAGCCAUGCUGAGGAAGCGCUCCUUCAGUAACCCCUUUGAGUGUCCGAGCAGGAGGGAGGAGAGGUCCAUGUCUGCGCCCGGCAGCCUGCUCAUGGAUGCAUGGCCUUUCCGGCCUUCUUUAAAACUUCACCCCUCACUCAGAAAGAGCAGCACAGGAGACGGACCACGAGAAGGAGAGCUGGAGGACCUGCAUGAAGACGAGCCCUCCUCCUGAGUCUCUAUCUUCGACUUCAUCCACUUUACACCCCUGUGCUUGGACCACUGUGUGCUAACCCCCACUCAUCCAAAGCGCCACAUGAUGGCAUAUCACUCUUUACGCAGACGACACUCAAGUUUCCACAUCCAGUAUAAUGCUUGUGUUUACAUUCAGAGCUGUAAACUAGGGCUUGGUUUUGUUUUAUGCUUCCUUUUCACCUCAGAAUAUUCAGUCUCCCUCAUUUUUCUCUCCCAGUGUGGAGUCUCUUUGGGCACCAAUUUCAAUAACAAAUCUUGCUUGUUUAACCGCUCGACCACUAACUGUUGUGACUGGCAUCAGUGAAUGGAUAAGACGAUGGACUCUCUGCUGGAUUUCUGGAUCUUUGGAUCUGGAACUGGAACAGUUCACAUUGUUGUUGUGGGAGUAAAGACAAGAACUUGUCAGCUGGCAUUACACUGCAUUGUGAGAAAACUGUCUAACUCUUUUUUUUUUUUUUUUCCAUCUGCAUGAUGAAAAGUGAGGCCUCAUUAUCAGACUGUCCCAGCCUGCUGAAAGGAAAAGAAACCCAUUUCAGUGACCAUCACAUACUUCUGCAUGUUAAUGACUCUACAGUGUCUCUUCAGCGGUCUGCAGGGCUUUUUAUUUCUCCGAAAUUAUAUUUAAAAUUGUACAUAGAUGUCUCUGACGACGUAUCUUACAUGUUCUGUCCUCGUGUCUGUGCCAGUUGAGGUUUAAUUUUGUUGCUGGGUGAUAAAGAUUGAAGUCCUUCCUGUGCUGCCUUCACUGUCCUCGAGUCUGACGAGGAGAGGAAGUCAUCUGUCCAAGGGCGAUCGCACAGAAAACGACAGCUGUGAGGAGUAAUUUUACGCCUUUUCUCCUCUUCUGUUAUGUGUCGUUUCUCUUAUUCCUGUUAUCUAACGCUCUCUCUGUCCUUUAACGUCAAACCUUAUCCGUUGGUUUGAUGUGAAGUUGUUGUGACAGAAAUGGGGGGAUUUGUAAGAGUGUGUUUUCAGUGAACAGACAAUGAACUACUCUUAAUGCUUUACUUUAUAGAGGCCCCCUUCCAAAGUCAUAUUUAUUUGAUGCAGAGCUUUCUAAAGACAUGAAACAUCUAAUUUUACAAGAUUAAAAAUCUUUCAGAAGAAAAGGAAUGUACUCGUAUUAAGUGACCCAGAGUUAGGGACAUUGUUUAUUCCACUUUAUUGGUCACAUAAUCCUCUUCAAAAAGUUAAGAUAAGUCUCAGAGCUCCCCAAAACAUGUCUGUGAAGUUUCCUGUUAUUAAUUCACUCUG